AUGGAUGAUGCUCUACCACGCUCAAAGUCUAUGAGGAUUCAUCAAACCAAGCCUGUCCCCUCACAAGUCCGCGAUCUAUCUACUCGAAAAUCCAUCCUUGAAACAGACGUCUUUGCUCGUGCCCUCACCACACCAGGCAACACAACGGGAACCAAGAAUCCCCGCCAACAAACACCCAAAGAGACCAGCGUGAAUGAGGAAAUCACUUUUGUGUGCCAGCCACCCCACGACGCCAACUGGCAAACACCUUCCACACUCGUCCCCCCUCCUCAGCCUCAACCACAUAGCGUCAACUUCAAGUCGACGGCCUCCCCACAGUCAUGCUGCUGGCCCCAGUCGUUGUGCACAAUGUACGAGGCCGUACAAUACUCCUCUUCAGGCGCGCAGUGCAGUGGCACGCAGUUGCCUUCGACGACCUCCGGCGCCAACGUCAUGCCCACGGCUUUGAAGGCGUGCUUGAUGGCGACCUUGCCGACAUCGUACCAGGUUCGCUGGAACGCGUUGUGCCAGAUUCCACUCGAACUGGACCGGCGAUGUGUUCUCGACGUCGGUGCGCCGCAGUUUCCAGCUCACGCCCAAGCGCGGGUCGUGGGCGAAGGGGUGCGACAGCAUCUCCUGGCGCUGGAGGAUGGAGUAGAUCUCCUCCGGAGGUCCCUCGACGCCGGGACGGGGUCCGUGCACACUGUUGCUGUGCACGGCGAAGGUGCAAUUGCUCUACACGACGGAUUGGCCCAAGUAGCCGUCGCCGCGAUCGCUUUCCUCUACUGGCCCUUUGUCAAUUGGUUCGGUGACCCCUGGUGUGGUGGCGUCGUCUUGGUCGGGUUCUGGCUGCCUGACGCGAACGCCAGACGAAGGGGUUGA